AUGGAAAGUAAAGAUCCAGCGAUUAAGCUCUUUGGGAUGAAAAUUCCUCUCUCGACAGUUUUGGAGACUUCGGAAGACGCAGAUGACUUAACGGCAGAGAAGAACCAAAACGAGACGUUAACAGAUAAUUCGGAGAAAGACAAAACCCUAACGAAACCAACCAAGAUUCUUCCAUGUCCAAGAUGCAAGAGUAUGGAAACAAAAUUCUGUUACUACAACAAUUACAACGUAAACCAACCUCGCCAUUUCUGCAAAGCUUGUCAGAGAUAUUGGACCUCUGGUGGGACCAUGAGAAGUGUCCCAGUCGGAGCCGGACGACGCAAGAACAAGAACAACAACACAUCUUCUUCUCACUACCCCCACGUCACCAUCUCCGAAACAAACGGUCCGGUCCUUAGUUUCAGCCUCGGAGAUGAUCAAAAGGUCCCGAAGAAUAAUAUGUUCGGGAAUCCGAAGCUAGUGGCAGCUAGGACAGAGAAUAAUGACCACCACUCGAUUGAUGAAUCAAGAAUACGUAACAACAAAAUGAACGGUUUGGAUUGCUUCCCGGGAGUUCCGUGGCCGUACACGUGGAAUCCUGGUUUGUACCCGGUUUACCCUUAUUGGAACAUUCCAGUGUUGUCUUCUUCGCCUAAUUCUACUCUUGGAAAGCAUUCGAGAGACGAAAAGGAAACGACGCAGGGGAAACAGAGAUAUGGAUCUGUGUUGGUUCCUAAGACUUUGAGAAUUGAUGAUCCAAAUGAAGCUGCAAAGAGUUCUAUAUGGACAACACUAGGGAUCAAGAACGACGUUAUGUUCAAAGGGUUUAAUUCGAAGAAAGAGGUUAAGAUUAGCAAAGAAGAAACGGAGACUUCUCUUGUUCUUUGCGCAAACCCAGCUGCGUUAUCAAGAUCGAUUAAUUUCCAUGAACGAAUAUGA